AGGAGGAUGAUGAUGGUGAUGAUGAUGAUGAUGAAGAAGCCGUGUGUCCGUCAGCUCGGAGCUGAUCUCAGUUCAGUCUGUUGGAGCUGAAACUGGAAACUUUCUGAAGCUUCUUCUUCUUCUUCUUCUUCUUCUUCUUCUUCUUCUUCUUCUUCUUCUCCUGAGAAGACUUCCUGUCCCGCCUUCAACCAUGAGUGACAUCUACGAGUCGGCGGCCCACUCCCUGGGUCUGUUCAGCAGCCCGUGUCUCAGCAAAGUGGAGCUGAGGAUCACCUGCAAAGGCAUCUCGGACCGGGACGCGCUGUCCAAGCCCGACCCCUGUUUCCUCCUCAAGAUGAAGUCCCACGGGCAGUGGAUGGAGGUGGACCGGACGGAGGUGAUCCACAGCUGUGUAAACCCCACUUACUCCAAGGUCUUCACGUUGGACUUUUAUUUUGAAGAGGUGCAGCGUCUGCGCCUGGAACUCUACGACAUCAACAGCAGCCACAACGACCUCAAGGAGUCCGACUUCCUGGGCUCGGUGGAGUGCACCCUGGGACAGAUUAUCUCUCAGAGGAAACUGUGCAAAGCUCUGCUGAGACCUGGAGGCACCGUGGGGAAAGCUAUCAUCACGAUCUCAGCUGAGGAGCUGACGGGGAACGACGACUACAUCGAGCUCUCGUUCAGCGCCAGGAAGCUGGACGACAAGGAUUUCUUCAGUAAAUCUGAUCCGUUCAUAGAAAUAUACAGAAUGAACGAGGACGCCACCAUGCAGCUGGUGUACAGGACGGAGACGGUGAUGAACAACCUGAACCCGGUGUGGAAAACCUUCAAAGUCUCCCUCAACUCGCUCUGCAGCGGAGACCACGAGCGCAAGCUGCAGUGCACCGUUUGGGACUGGGACUCCAACGGGAAGCACGACUACAUCGGGGAGUUCGAGGCCUCGUUCAAGGAGAUGAGAGGAGCCAUCGAUGGACGGCAGGUGCAGUGGCCAUGCCUGAACCCCAAAUACAGAGUCAAGAAGAAGAACUACAAGAACUCUGGCAUCGUGAUCCUGAACCAGUGCAAGAUCAUCAAGAUGCACUCCUUCCUGGAUUACAUCAUGGGAGGCUGUCAGAUCCAGUUUACAGUCGCCAUCGACUUCACGGCGUCUAACGGAGAUCCUCGAAACAGCUGCUCGCUGCACUACAUCCACCCGUACCAGCCCAACGAGUACCUGAAGGCCCUGGUGGCCGUGGGGGAGAUCUGCCAGGACUACGACAGUGACAAAAUGUUCCCGGCGUUCGGCUUCGGCGCUCAGAUCCCUCCAGACUUCAAGGUCUCCCACGACUUUGCAGUGAAUUUUAACGAGGAGAACCCGGAGUGUGCAGGCAUCCAGGGCGUGGUGGAGGCCUACCAGGCCUGCCUCCCCAAGCUGCAGCUGUACGGCCCCACCAACAUCGCCCCCAUCAUCCAGAAGGUCGCCAACUCCGCCUCGCAGGAGGUCCACACCAAAGAGGCCAUGCAAUACUUCAUCCUGCUGAUCCUGACGGACGGCGUCAUCACCGACAUGGCCGACACCAGGGAGGCCAUCGUGCAGGCCUCCCACCUCCCCAUGUCCGUCAUCAUCGUCGGGAUUGGGAACGCCGACUUCAGCGACAUGCAGAUGCUGGACGGCGAUGACGGGAUCCUGCGAUCGCCCAAAGGAGAACCCGUCCUCCGGGACAUCGUCCAGUUCGUCCCGUUCCGCAACUUCAAGCACGCGUCUCCAGCGGCUCUGGCUAAGAGUGUGUUGGCGGAGGUGCCCAACCAGGUGGUGGACUACUACAACAGCAAGGGCAUCAAGCCCAAAGUGCCCAGCGAGUACCAGUCUUCCAGGCAGUUCGGCCACUGAGAGCCGGACUGCCCGGCACCACCUCCCCAGACCGAGGAACAUGUUUACUGUCGUUUGUUCUUUGUUGAUGCGGAUGUUAAAGGUGCUCGAUGCAGCAUUUCACACCAGGGAGGGUUUCUUUAAUGUGAUGGGGUGGAAAGGGCGUAGCAGGUGGAGUUGCUGGUUACACAGGUUCUGCUGGAGUUAGGAUGAUCCCGAAAGAUCAGGUCUUUCAGUUUAAACAGUUUAAAGAGCAAUGCGAUAACAAAGAUGUUUACUUCCCACUAGAAACCAGCUUCACCCUCGUUAGCCUGUUGCUAAGCUAUGUAGCAUUACUUUGGGGGAGCUUUUUUAGGGUGUUUCGCUUUUCUUUAAUGAUACUGUUUACAAUAACAGCAUUUCUGAAAGCAACGUUUCCAGCCCGGUCUCGCCAAUGACAUCACAGCGACAAGUCUAAAAUGUGAAAUAAUGACACGGAAAUGAUGGAAAUGUCGUGCUAUUCAUACGCAUCUCCGUGAGAUCAGGUUGGACUUUCGGUUCAGUUCGGUGUCAUUUGGCCGUGGGGGCAAAAUAAAUCUAUGCAGAGAUUUCACGAAGAGGAAAGUAAUAAACUCUGACUCGUGUGUUUGUGGCGUUGACCAAUUGAAAACCAACGAGGAUCCAAUGAAUCCAAAAUGGAGAAAGCUAUCAUAUUAGCAUUGAUGUGCCAUCCAAUUCUACACAAUCCUCCUCUGCCACAGUACUAACCGCUAACAUGUAUGAUACUAAACUUUUAAUUAUAGGUCCAGAUAGCAACUAAACCAGCUAAUGUGCUAUUUAGCUAACAGGUAGCAAGUAGCACAGUCUGUUGAGCUAUUUUGGGUGACUAGCAUCUGAAAUUAGCAUGUCUGCAGUUAGCAUGUCUGCAGUUAGUUAUCAGCCAACCAGGCCUUCAAGGAGUCUCGACAUCCCUAGACUUCCAACACUGCCCAUUGGUGGUCACUAACACUCGCAGCCGGCAUCUUGAGCCGUCUAGUGACGCUGUAAUCUGUCCUCUACAUCACGUGGACACAGCAGAGAGCAUUCUGGGAAAUGAGGCAGAGUAGCACUAAAAGUCUUAUCUCGUGGUCCAACGUGGGUUCCAGGUAUGAAAAUACUUCCUGUUGCACCUUUAGCAUCCGCUGUGCAUGCGGGGCCUUCGGAGGCCGAGCUGAUUGUAACGUUCAGGAGUGUUUUUGACGGACAUUUAAAGCACACAGACACACAACACCUACCAAUCAAAACGCUGCUUCCCUGCAGACAGCAUGACAGGCAGGGAAACAGCCAAUGACAGAAUGUAUGA